UUAGUCUUCCCAACGCAUAACAAGGUUUGAAAUGUCAGAGGGAAACAAUGACCAGGUUGGUUUUGGUUUUCUUUCAACUCUUCUCUGUGAAGAAUGUUUUAGCAAUGAAAUCAAAUAAGCCCAGCCAAGAAGGGCCAAAAUCCCAAUUGCACGUAAAAUGCAUCUCAAGAGUCUGAUGCUUGCACAUGCAUCCAAGAAACUGGAAAAAGAGAAGAGUGAAAGAGAUACUGAGAGAAGUCGUGUGCUUAAGGAGAUUGUGCCGCAACUUAACACGUCGAGCCUGUCAGUUCAAGAAUUGCAAAAUAUGUGCAAGAAAUUUCACCAGAUGAUCGAUGGCGUUGACUCAGAGCGCUAUGACAUUGAAGUUAAAGUAUCUAAAAAUGCCAAAGAGAUCCAAAGCUUAACCCAGAAAGUCUUAGAUCUCAAAGGCAAAUUCAAACGCCCCACCCUACGUCGAGUCAGAGUAUCUGCUGAUGAAAUGUUGGGUGCCCUAGCAGAGACCUCUUACAAAACUUCAAUGGAUUUGAGGUCAAAUUUAAAAUCAGUGAAAAAGGAGGAUGAAAAGGAACACAAACAGGUUGAAGUCCAUGACUGGCGGAAGAACGUAGAAGCAAUGUCUGGUAUGGAAGGAAGAAAGAAAAAAUUUGAUACUGGUGCUCCAACUCAAUAACAGCUCUGGACACAUUCUGAAGAUCAAAUCAGGCCCUUACACAUAAACUAAAAGCAUCUCAUUGAACAACUAAUCAGGAGGAAGAAUUUCAGAGUUGUAUUCUUCGAUAAUAAAUGAACCUUUGAACCUUUGAACUAAAUAUAUAGUCCUCUUCCUUGCAAUAUAUUCAGUAUUUUGUGUACUCUUGGUCAUUUAGUAAUGGUUGCAUGUUCGCCCUGUGAUCUGGAUUUCUCCCAUAUAUCAAAGGAAGGUUAUUAAGUGGUGUAAAUUACCCUGACUGUAGAUAGAUAGCAGGAGAAUCAGGGUGUUGAUGGACAUGUAUGAGAAAGCAAGUUAAGUGGAAGUACAAAGAAUCAGACUGAUGAGGAUGCUCUGAGAGUUGGCAUUAACUCGAUGAGACUAAUGGCCAAUUUUUAUGUCAUAUGAAUAAAUAAGUAUCAAAUUAGCCAUACUCUUUUAUUCAUCCCCUAUAGCCCCAUGAUUUUGUGAUCUGUAAGUAAAUUUCUUCAUUCCCUCAGUUUUCAAGACUGAAAUUAUUUUAAGUAACUUGUAAAACCAAAUUGAAAAUUUUGAAUAUUGAUUUUGAAACACUUCCUUUGGUUUAAUCCUGCUGCAUGCAUCACAAUUUUUGUACUGUGCUGUGUGUCAUGUCAUUUUUACCAUAGUUAUUGGGCUAGUCAGCCACAAAUUCCUUCUCAUCCACUAACUGACUGUUCUUUGAGACAAGGAGCAAUGCAAACCAAAGCGAUCACAUUGUGAAUGGCUGGGAGAUCUACAGAAGACCUGUCUUACAAUUCCUUUUCAUUUGCAUAGAACUUCAUUCCAGAUAUUAUUGUAGAACACUAUACUCUCGAUUGGAAUUCUAAAGCUCUUUGCAGAAUUUUGAAGAGGUUUUUUCUAGAUAUUGCCCUUAAAAUUCAGCACAACUGGAGUUCGACCACUUACUUAGAAAGUGAUAUUCUAGACUCUAAGGUGAUCUGGGUUACAGAGCUGCAAUGAAAAAAGCAGAAAAUAGUGGAAAUGCUAAACGGAUCAGGCAGCAUCUGAGAGGAAACAAACAGAGUUAAUGUUUCGGGUUGAAGAUCCUUCGUCAGAACUUGCUGAAAGACUUGAUGACAACUACUAACUACAUAAACCCUACUCUACAGGAUGAAUGUAUUUCUCUCUCAUUCAUGGUUAGAUGUUACCAUUAUAAUCUGCUUACCUUAUUUUUCAUAUGAUUCCUCAUUAUAACUCUGAUAUAUUUUACAGAUGUAUUUUCAGAUAGGGAAAUAUAAGACACUUUUGGCUUUUGCAUCACAUGUAUUAAGUAAUUGUCCAGAAAUGUGUCAAUUCUACAAGGAUGCAAAACAAUUGCAAUUGCACCAACCCAGCAAUGGAAAUAAUGCCACUGUAUUUUCAUCAGGACUGGCAUAGACUUAAAGAUAUUGAAAAUAAAAGCCUAAAAUGCUGGAAAACUACACGGAUAACAUAGCAUCUGUUGAACAACAGUAAUGCUUCGAGUCUGAGGUUCUCUGUCAGAACAAUGAAAGAAAGAGAUACAAGUUAGUAUUUACUGUGACUGUGUCUACUAUAUGUACAGAUGCCAUUACAUAACAAAAGCUGACUGAUUCUGCAACUGCAUCACAUUUUGCGAGCAAAUAGUAUUGACACCAUUUAUUCCACAAGAGCUGGAAUAGGU